AAAACAGUUGACGUUGGUUAAAUUUGACAGAUGACAGAUGCUGGGAGAUGUCAACUUGAUGUUUUGAUCAUAUUAAUUUUUUCAGUCAUUGUAGAUUUAAUUUGAUAAGAAUGAAAUUUUGAUUCCACCUUUCUUGUACUACUCAACCUUCCAAGAUGAUGCAACAAUACAUGAAAGAGCUUGAACAGGAACCUUUUGAUCCUGAAGAGUUCGUGGAGCGACUCGCCUGGAGAAUCAUCGACAGUAGCAGGGAAGAAGGAAACUCUGCCUUUGAUCCAGUACUCAUGAAUGACACUUUUCUACAAGCGAUCAAAGAUCUACAACUGCUUCAGGAAAGACAGCAUAAAAAAUGUGAGCGUUUGGAAGCUGUGGUUAGAGAGGAGGAGAUAAAUCACUGGCAAGAUAUAUCCCUACUCCAGGAAAAAAAUAAGUCGGCCGUUCAAAUGUUUCAAGAGUUGGAUGAGAGAAUUAACUAUGUUGCCACGAAAGUCAUUCAUCUGGGCGACCAAUUGGAAAGUGUCAACACACCUAGAUCGAGGGCGGUUGAAGCUCAGAAACUGAUGAAUCAUUUCACUGAAUUUCUCAAUCCGGGGCCCCUGCUCGAUGAUGCCUUUUCAGACAAAAGUCAGAUUGAUGAAGCUGCUGAUGUCAUUCAGAAGUUGUAUCUGAUUUCUCAGGAACUACCAUCUGGAAAAUUUGAUGAACCAAAGAAAAAGAUAGCUGCCAAGUAUGAUGAAAUAGAACGUGCUUUGAUAGAAGAAUUUGUGGAAGCUCACAAAUUUCAAAAUAUUUCUAGAAUGAAAGAAAUAGCGAAUAUUCUAUCAAAUUUUAAAAAUUACUCUCAUUGUGUCAACGCAUUCAUCGAGGAGAGCCAGGGAGCUUUUACUGGGAAAGAUGUCUUCAAUGAAGUGAUUCCACUCUGCGAGAAGAAUUUCCAAUUGAUCAAAGAAGUUUUCAGCUCUCCUGAACCUGUAAUGGAAAAAUACGUAUUAAAUAUGUAUCAGUUGAAAUUGCAGAAAUACAUCGUGAGCCAGCUUGCGGAUAAACCAGACACUGAAAAAUAUUUAAAGAAUCUCAUGGACUUAUACACUAGGACUGUACAGUUAUCAAAAGACUUGAUGCGUUUCGAUUUGGGAACUGAUGAAUCGUUCCUAUCGAGGAUGACACAGAAUAUUUUCCAAAAAUACUUUGAUGCAUACAUCAGUGUAGAAACAAAAUGCCUCAGAGAAAAAUGCGCCAGUGCCUUGCAAAAGUUUUACGACUCCAAGAGUCAUCAGAAGAAGAUAAUACAGACUGGAGGAUUCCAAGACUUGAGAAGAGAUAUACAAGCCGUGAUUGGUACUAGAGCCAAUAUAAACAUUGCUCAAAUCGAAGAUUAUGGUGGAGAAACGUUUAUUUCAGAAGAGGUGGCCAUAAACCUGCUGCAGGACACCAAGUUGGCUCUCAGUCGCUGCCUUGUGCUUUCUCAGCAAAGCGAGUUGGCCAAUAACGCAGUGCUAAUCAUGGAGGUUCUUCAACAGCAAUUGGUAGUGGAGCAUCUCGACUAUGCGAUAGAGCUGGGUUUGCAAGCAGUGCCGAUUCCGGAGUCCAAAGCUCAACAGCCGUUCAUUUACUUUUUUGACGUAGUGAGACAAACAAAUGCCAUUGUGCAUCUCAUCGAAAAGCUCUACAAUGACAGCCUUCUCCCUCUAGUUGUGUCCACGCCAAAGCAUGAUGAAUGUCUGAUGAGGAAACGACAUCUUUUAGAACAAAUUGAGAUGAACUUAGAUACUGGACUUGAUAGAUCUAUAAACGCCAUAGUAGGUUGGGUAAAGAUAUUCUUACAAGCUGAGCAGAAGAAAUCAGACUUCAAACCCGAAACUGACAUGGACACUCUUGCCUCUUCUGCUUGCUCAUCAGUGGUUCAGUAUAUGAGCUCGGUCAUAAAACGAAUCAGAGAGUGCCUUGAUGGUAAAAAUGUGGAAUUUGUAAUGAUGGAUCUUGGAACACGAUUCCAUAGGGUUAUAUUUGAUCAUCUGCAACAAUUCCAGUAUAAUUCUUCUGGUGCUAUGUGUGUGAUUUGCGAUGUGAACGAGUACCGCAAAUGUGUGAAAGAGCUUCACUGUCCGUUGGUCAACACACUGUUCGACACACUCCAUUCCCUCUGCAAUCUUCUGCUUGUCAAACCUGAGAAUUUGAAACAAGUCUGCAAUGGGGAACAACUGUUUGGCUUGGAGAGGUCCAUUCUUCUGAACUUCAUCCAGUUAAGAAGCGACUAUAAAACGCAAAAGCUUGCCAAUACCUUGAAAGGCCUUGCAGCUUGAGAGAUUCCAAGCGUAAUAUAUAUUUGAUCAUUCAUUGUAUAUAUUUCAUUUUAACUUAUUUCUGUUGAAUAUUAUAUGUAAUAUAUUAUUAAAUAUUAACAAGAAGUA